AUGCGUCUGCCGAUUCUUUCUUCCCUCCUGUGCCUUGCUGGCCUGAUCGCCGCCCCUGUCAACGCCUAUGACGACCCCAAUAUCAAAAGCAUUCCUCUCCGAACGCACAGCUUGACUUCGCCAUACCUCGAUUCGGACUUCCAAAGCCGCUGGUUCGACUUCGGAGGAGAUACAGUGAUCCGGGCUGAUAAAUACAUCCGGCUCACAGCCGACCGCGCCUCGCAGCAAGGUUGGAUCUACUCUCGCGUACCUUUGACGGCGACCAACUGGCAGAUCGAACUGGAAUUCGAGAUCCACGGCAAUGGCAACUUGCAUGGUGAUGGCUUCGCACUCUGGCUCACCAAGCAGCGCGCCACUCAGGGCCCUGUCUUCGGUUCCACUGACCGUUUCGAGGGUCUUGGAAUCUUCUUCGAUACCUACAAGAACAACCGUCCUGGUGUCUCGUUCCCCUACGUCAUGGCCAUGAUGGGCGACGGUCAGACCACUUACGAUCAGGCCCAUGACGGCAAGGCUAACGAGCUUGCUGGAUGUUCGGCUCGCGGUCUCCGUAACGCUCCCGUUCCCACCAAGGCCCGUCUCACCUACUUCCAAGACAAGUCUCUCUCCCUGGAACUUCAGUACAAGACCGAAGACACCUGGGUCGAGUGCUUCAACCUUAACGCCGAGGACGCGAACAUCGCUAUUCCCUCCGUUGCUUACCUGGGUCUCUCCGCCGAGACAGGCGAGUUGAGCGACAACCACGACAUCAUCUCCCUCAAGGCCGAGAACCUGUACUCCGUUGGCCGCAACAACGCUGGUGGUAGCCGUGGAUCGGAUAAGGGAACUGGGCGUGGCCGUAGCGGCAGCGUCAAGCCCAAGAAGGAAAAGUCUGGCAGCUGGACCUGGUUCUUGUUCAAGGUUGUUCUAUUCUUCGGUGCUAUUGUCGGUGGUUACUUUGGAUGGACUGUUUACCGGACAAAGGCGCGCUCUUCGCGCUUCUGA